UCCAGCCAGUUAGUCCGGUCAGAGAAAGAAAAAUUCCGUGGGAAAAAGGCAACCCAAUUAUCAUUUAUCAUUUCAUGAAUGGGUAGGCAAAGUGCAAUUUUCAACCAUGGUUUUGAGUUAUGACCAACAACCAAUAAAAAUAUGAUAAAAAUCCCAUUAUCCCAAUUGCCCAGAAUCUCUGGGAAUUGGAAAAACUCUUAUCCAUGUAUCCAAACACCCCCUCAAACCCUUAAAUUACUCAGCCAGCAGCCACAGGCCCGAACCAAACCCAGGCAGGCAUAUGAGAUGAGAUGAGCCCUAUAACACCUGUGCAAUAACCAAUCCCGAACUUUCUUUCUCCCACUGUUUCUGAGAAACCUAUUCCCAUUCUCUCUCUCCCUCCCUGAGAAUCUGGGAAUUGGGGGAAACCAACUGCCAAACAAAAGAGAAAACUUUCAAACCCAAAAACCCCUCUGAAGUCUGAUGCAAACGGAAUUUGGGAAUUUGGAGAAUUCGCUCACAACAUGUUGAGCUCCACUUGCUCUCACUCUCUUAUUCGCCGCCCUUUCCUUCAAUCAUCUGCCCCCAAAACUAGGGUUUCGACCCGACCCGGAGCUCUAUAUCCAAUUUCCCGGAGUUUUAGGAUCUUCGAAUCUCAUUCUAGGCCUUCCAGCACGAGAUGGACAAGAAUUUCAUGCUUUAGACAAGAGGAUUCUUCAUCAGAAACCCCGAAAGCUGAUUAUAUUGGACACUUGGUGCCUGAGGAAGUCGUUAAGUCCGAAUUCGAUGAUUCCAAGGUGGUUAAAAAGGAUUGGGGAUUCACUCUUCGAGAGGCUGCAGAUGCAGUGUUUAGGGCGAUUGGGAGUCGGUGGAGUGUGCCAUGGACAGCAGAGACCAUAAUGCAGGUCAUGCUACUAUGGGUUGUAGCUUUCUGGUUCAUAGGUUCUUGGAUGGUUCCAUUUGCAGCUCACCUGGCAGGUUUCAGCAGGGAAUCAUUAACAUUUAGAGGACAAGCCUUAUUUAGCCUGGUGACUGAUGUAACCGAGGGUCUUGCUGGAAUUGUGAUCCUUUAUCGCUGCUUAUCUCGUUUCCGUCCGCUUCCCCCAGAUUGGUUCAAAUUUAGCUUGAAAGGAACCUGGCAGUUGGAUGUUGCUCUUGGAUGCCUUAUGUUUCCCCUGGUCAAUCGGCUCUCACAGUUCAACCUCAACCUACUACCUCUUUUGCCUUCCACCCCUGUCACAAUAUCAAGUGUUGAGCAAUCAAUUUUGGCACGUGAUCCAGUGGCAAUGGCACUGUAUGCGGUAGUAGUUUCGGUGUGUGCUCCUGUAUGGGAGGAGAUAGUGUUUAGGGGUUUCCUACUUCCUUCCUUGACCAAGUACAUGCCCGUAUGGUCUGCAAUACUGGUGAGCUCGGUUGUGUUUGCUUUAGCGCAUUUUAAUGUACAGAGGAUGCUACCGCUUAUUUUUCUUGGGGUGGUGAUGGGUGUUAUAUUUGCACGGUCAAGGAACCUAUUACCAUCAAUGCUCUUGCAUAGCCUUUGGAAUGGCUUUGUAUUUUUGGAUUUAAUGAAAUAAGCACAGGAUUUGUUCUUUGGGAUUCAUUCAUCGGCCAAUCGGAUCAUAAAGAAGCAUCCAAAUUUAUGGUUUGCAAUCCUUCAGGAGGUUAGAGGUCCGCAACAAGACUAGCAACUUGCUCUCGGUCAGUGACAGUGAUUAAACAAAUUUCAGCAGAUUGCAGUUCAUGUACACUAAAUUAAUGUGAAGUCACAGAGGUUGAUCAUCAAAGUCGAAUCCUUUAUCAUCAAGAGGAUCAGCAUGAUACUAUGUUCAUAUGUAAGAUGGAUAACACAGGGGAAAAGAGAAAUGGAUAGAAAUGAUUCUUUUGGCCAAGAAGAUCUUCAAGUCAGAGGCAUAGCAAAGCUCUUGUAGUUUUGUCUGAUGACCACAUUGUUGUCUUAUUUUCUCCUCAUUUUUCAAUUCCCUUCUCACUGGCCUGUAGAAUAGACUAUUAAUUUAUAAAGCUAAGGCUGCUGAGUAUAGUAAGUACGCGGUGUGCCCUUUAUUA